AUGGGGAUAGGGAAAGGGACCAAGGAAUUGUUUGAGGCUUUUGGAAACAAGGCAGUAAGAAUAGCCUUUCCUCUCAACAAACUGGUUGACGAGGGCAUUACCAAAGUGGGAGUUGAUGCAACUCCUUGGCUUGUCGCCACUUAUUAUAAACUUGAGCCUCACCAACAGAGUGAUCUAAAACUGCAGGCAGAACUUUUUAAAAAGGAUUGCCAUGAUAGGAUUAAAGUGCUAAGGAAGAAUAAACUUGAACCGGUUUUGGUAUUUGAUGGAAACGCGCCACCAUUAAAGAUCCAAAUAGUGGAGCUGAGGGCAGCCAUAAGCGAGGCAAAAAAGAACCAGUGUGCAGUUGCUAUUCCAAACUACAAGGAUCCAGAAGUUAGAUGGAUUCCUGACUUCUUUGAAACAAUCAAAUGGAUGAAGCACGAGAUCGAAGUAGAGUUCAUUGUGGCCCCCUAUGAGGCCGACGCGCAACUGACUCACUUGGCAACCACAGGUUAUGUACAUGCCGUCCUCACUAAAGAUUCAGACCUUAUAGCGUUUGGAUGUGAAAAAAUUCUCUAUAACACUGAUUUUACAGAGGCAACAUGUGAUUAUUACUCUUUUGCUCGUUUAACACGAAUGAACUCCGACUACGAAGCCUUUUCCAAAAAGAAGCUUUUGGAAAUGUUAAUAAUAGUCGGUUGUGAUUAUAUGCCAAAUGUAAUCAUGUACGAGAAGAAUCUGAAGGUUACAAAUGGAAAGGGGAAAACCCAAAAUUCAACUUCGAAGACGGAGAUUCUGCAACAUUUUGAGAGGGCUAUUCUAGCGUUCACAUUUCAGCAGGUUUAUGAUCCGACAUCUAAAACUUGUAAACGACUAUCUCAGAUAGACGAAGGGUAUGAUGAGCUCCAGCUUGACGUGGUGAACACAAUAAAAGGUUUUUUAGGACCAUAUUUGAAGGAAGAGUCUGUUCAUAAAAUUGCUACGGGUGUGACAGAAUCGAUAAUAGCUAGCACUGAUAUAGAUACACGGCCUGAAGCAGAGAUACAGUCGAUGCAACAGUCAGCUAGCCCAAGAGCCCCAAAAUUAACUGUUGUGGCUGCAUUUGGUGAUACUUCCAGAGGUACUGUUGUUAUUUCAAACACUGGUACUCUAACAGACAAUUCUUCAUCAAAACCUGUUUCUCAAGUUGGUACUGUGCCUCAACCAACUGUUAUGCCUACCAUUCCUGGUGUUGCUUCUCCUAUUGGAUGCACUAUGCAUUACAUGCCUAGUACUGAGUCAUCAUCGACAAAACUGAAUGUGAAUGUGUUGGAUGACAUGUACACUCGAAUGGGUGCUUCUGACAGGUUGCAGAAGAAUCUCAAGGGAGGAAGAAAGGUUCUAAAGAAGUUCCUCGUGAAGAAGAGCAUCGAGCUCAAGCAAGGAAAGCACAAAGGUAAGAAGAAAAGAAAAUCUUCUAAGCCUGGUUCUGCUGCUCAAGCUUCAAUUGUGUAG